AUGCGUCUGCUACAUACGACAGAGCCGCCAUCCGCCCCGUUCAAGGUCAUCGAGUUCACCGAUGAUGAGAUCCCGCCAUACGCCAUUUUAUCGCACACAUGGGACAAGGAGGAAAUCACAUUGAGGGACCUAGAAGUUGAGACACCCCACUAUGAAACCCUAGUCAACAAAACAGGAUAUACAAAACUCCGUCGCGCUUGUGGCCUUGCUCGACAAUCUGGAUACGACUGGCUCUGGAUGGACACCUGCUGCAUCGACAAGACCAGCAGUGCCGAGCUGUCCGAAGCAAUCAACUCCAUGUACCGAUGGUACCAGCAGGCGGAGACCUGCUAUGCGUGGCUGGCUGAUGCGUGGUCUCCCAGCGACGUUCCGACGAGCAGGUGGUUUACGCGCGGGUGGACGCUGCAGGAACUGGUCGCGCCGUCUACGGUGGUAUUCCUGGAUGCGCGCUGGGAAGUGCUUGGGACGAAGGAAGGCCUGCGGAGCGCCAUAUCCGAGCGCACUGGGAUUCCGGAGGGCAUCCUUUCUGGGGACGACGAUCUGGAGACUAUGAGUGUUGCCCAGAGAAUGUCCUGGGCCGCGGGACGACGAACGACUCGCGUGGAAGAUCGUGCGUACUGUCUCCUGGGCCUCUUUAGAAUCAGUAUCCCUCUGGUAUAUGGAGAAGGCCAGAAGGCGUUUUAUCGACUCCAAGAAGAAAUCAUGCGGGUGUCCGACGACAUGAGUCUCUUUGCGUGGCAGUCGCCGAUCCCAUCUAGCGGGCUGUUAGCCCCCUCGGCCGACGCAUUCGAGGGGUGUACUGAUGUGGUCGUGUCCGAGAGUCCCUUUGUCACCUCGAAUAUCCCAUGGACGGUUGGGAAUAAGGGGAUCCAGCUGCAGCUUCCUUUUCUUCCGGUUGGUCGAAAUGGUCUUGGAUGGGCUAUCCUGUCAGCUUCCAGACGUGGGAAGGAAACCUGCUUCCUCGCGGUCUAUCUUCGCGAUAUUCACCUUACGAUGGAGCUGUUUGAGCGCGUCUGGUGUGAUCGAGUAGAGCUGAUUUAUCUAACACGGUUCCAGCCAGCGCAGUUUCCUAUGCGACAUAUUCGAGUUCAGCAGCGGCGAUCAACGAGCUCAAGCUCUUCCCUGCCAGAGCCACCUGAUCGGGGGGUAGACUCGGAAGUGUUUUCCUGGGCCUUGAUGUCUGCCCAGGGACAUACAGUCGAUUAUUAUCGUGCGGAAGACGGUGACGCACUGGAUGCGGUACUUAGAGCAGCUGGGAGGGACGACCCAGGAAGAUGGAGGGAUCUACGGCGACACGUCGACCCAAAGGUCAACAAACAAGAUAUUCAUGGGCGUACGCUUCUAUGGCACGCAGUGUCAUUCGGCAAUGCGCCUGCCGUCUGGUUCCUCCUUGCGCAGAAACAUGUCAAUGUUAAUUCAACAGACGAACUAUCCCAAACGGCCCUUUGGAAGGCUGUAGAGCAUAACCAUCUUGAUAUUGUUUGGCUCUUGUUGAGCCGAAGCGACAUUGAUGCCUUCCCGACAAACCAUCACGGGCUCACUCCAUUCCAUCAAGCGGUGCGGAUCGGCAAUGAGACUAUCCUUAGAAUGUACUUAUCACAAGAUGGCUUUCGAAACCAUAUUGCCGACGGCAGGGGCCGCACGUUGUUGUCGCACGCAGCAGAGUAUGGGAGAGCCAAUAUCGUUGAAAUGCUCCUGAAGCGUGCGGAUAUGAAAGUUGAUGUGGAGGACGAGCGCGGAUGGACACCACUGACCUGGGCCGCGGCUCUAGGGAAAGACGAUGUGUGCAAGCUUCUCCUUUCUCACGGCGCUGAUAUCGACCAUGAAGAUCACGAGAAUAAAACACCGCUGCUUCAUGCCGUCGACAAUAACCACGCGACUGUCUGUCUCUGUCUGAUAGAAAAUGGCUCGGCGCUCGAUAUUGCGGAUCAUCGAUACCAAAGGCUAUUGUUUUAUGCGGUCCAACAUGGCCGCCCAGGAAAACUGUGUCAAGCUCUCCUUGAUCGUGGCGUCCCGGCGAAUCUCACUGACGACCAAGGGAUGACGCCGCUCAUGCAUGCGGUAGCUGCCGGUAAUGAAGUGCUUUGCCGACUUCUUCUGGAAUACGGCGCCGACGCCAACUCUGAAGACCAUGCGGGAAAAUCACCGCUCUGGCACGCCUCACUCAAAGGUCGUCAAGAAAUUGAGGGCUUGUUACAUAGUCACGGUGCAAGGCCUUGUUGCGUAGUCACGGCGCAUGGCCUCGUUUCUACUUCGAGAUAG